CGGCGCGCGCCGACCGGCCGGAGGGGCGCCGGGACCGCGGCUCCGGACGACUGCGGGGAGCCCCGCCGGCCCGUCCCCCGCUGCAGUCCGCAGCCGGCCCGUCCCCCGGCCCCACCCCCGGGUCCAGUUCUCACCUGUCAGCUGGCUUCAUUAACUUCUUCACCUACCUGGUCCCUAUGGGCAGUGGAGUCUGUGGCUUCUGUUACCUGGGACUGCAGUUCAAUCUCUCCUGCACCGCUGAGUUUCUGGGGAAAAUACUACAUUGUACUCAGGGACUAGUCCUGGCUCUGUGCUCAGAGAACACUUCUGGUGGUGCCCUGGAGGUCCUUGACCACCCUACGGUGGACCUGAUAUUCCCUGGUAUCAUAAGGCCUGAACAUCGUGGCGCCCUUGGACACUAGUCCUUAAUUGUGAGCCUGGCUGGCUCUCACCUGAGUGGCCCCUGGCCCCCACGAAUACUUCUUGGAAGACCUCCCUCUAAAAAACACAUGUGAAGCUUUGUAGGAAGCUCAUCUCAGAGUGGCAGACAGGAUGGCUAGCUCAGCCCGGGAGCACCUGCUCUUUGUGCGCCGUCGAAACCCUCAAAUGAGGUAUACACUGAGCCCAGAGAAUCUCCAGAGUCUUGCUGCCCAGAGCUCUAUGCCAGAGAACAUGACCCUGCAGAGGGCCAACAGUGACACGGACCUGGUCACAUCUGAGAGCCGCUCCAGCCUGACUGCCAGCAUGUAUGAGUACACGCUGGGGCAAGCCCAGAACCUCAUCAUCUUCUGGGACAUUAAAGAGGAGGUGGACCCCAGCGACUGGAUAGGACUGUAUCACAUAGAUGAGAAUUCUCCAGCCAACUUCUGGGAUUCUAAAAACAGGGGUGUAACUGGAACACAAAAAGGACAGAUUGUAUGGAGAAUUGAGCCUGGGCCCUAUUUCAUGGAACCUGAAAUAAAAAUCUGUUUUAAAUACUAUCACGGCAUCAGUGGAGCUCUGCGAGCCACAACACCCUGCAUCACGGUGAAGAACCCUGCUGUGAUGAUGGGAGCAGAAGGCAUGGAAGGAGGUGCUUCAGGAAAUCAGCAUCCUCGGAAACUCGUUAGCUUUACAUUGUCAGAUCUUAGGGCAGUUGGGCUAAAGAAAGGGAUGUUCUUCAAUCCUGACCCUUAUCUUAAGAUGUCCAUUCAGCCAGGGAAGAAGAGCAGUUUCCCCACAUGUGCCCAUCACGGGCAGGAGAGAAGAUCUACUAUCAUCAGUAACACCACUAAUCCAAUUUGGCACCGAGAGAAAUAUUCCUUUUUUGCACUGCUUACGGAUGUUUUAGAAAUUGAAAUUAAAGACAAAUUUGCCAAGAGCCGUCCUAUCAUCAAGCGUUUCCUGGGGAAACUGACCAUUCCGGUGCAGAGGCUGCUGGAGCGGCAAGCCAUCGGUGAUCAAAUGCUCAGCUACAACCUUGGCAGAAGGCUUCCGGCUGACCAUGUGAGUGGGUACCUCCAGUUUAAAGUGGAGGUUACAUCUUCUGUGCACGAAGAUGCUUCUCCAGAAGCGGUCGGCACAAUACUUGGAGUUAAUUCUGUAAACGGAGACCUCGGGAGUCCCUCAGAUGAGGAGGACAUGCCAGGGGGCCAUCAUGAUGGUCCCGUGUGUUCUAACGGACCUGUUUCCGAGGACAGCGCCACUGAGGGCACCCCCAAGCAUUCUUUCAGGACUAGCUCUACUCUGGAAAUCGACACCGAGGAACUGACCUCCACUUCAUCAAGGACCUCACCGCCCAGAGGACGUCAGGAUUCCCUCAACGAUUAUUUAGAUGCUAUUGAACACAGUGGCCGCUCCAGGCCUGGUGCAGCUCCCUGCGCGGAUAGGCCCAUAGGCGCCUCCCCAAAGCUGAGGAGCAGCUUCCCCACAGAUACCAGACUCAAUGCAAUGCUUCACAUCGACUCCGACGAGGAAGACCACGAGUUCCAGCAGGACCUGGGUUAUACCUCAUCCUUGGAGGAGGAGGGAGGGUUAAUAAUGGUGAGCAGGGCAUCGAGAACUGAUGAUGGGAGUCUGACGUCUCAGACCAAGCCAGACGAGAACGCCGCGGAGACGGAGGAAGCUGCCACAAAUGAGGCCACUUCCUUCGAGGACAAGCCUGAACCCCUUCCCGAGCUCGCAGAGAGCUCCCUGCCCGCCGCCCCGCCGGCCCCGGAGGAGAGUGGACCCGACCCAGCGUGUGAGCCCAGCGCAGAGCAGGCCAGCGCAGAGUUGUGCAGCUCCCAGGAGGUGGAGCAACCCACCACGGGGGCGGACACGGGCACCUCGGACACGUCAGCCGGAAGCCGAAGGGCCGCCAGCGAGGCCGAGUCCGUGGAUCAGGGGUCCGAGCCUUCCCAGGUGUCCUCGGAAACAGAGCCCAGUGACCCCGCCAGGACAGAGAGCGUGAGCGAGGCUAGCACCAGGCCCGAGGGCGAGAGUGACCUGGAGGGCGCCGACAGCUCCUGCAACGAGAGCGUCACCACACAGCUAUCGUCGGUGGACACCCGGUGCUCAUCCCUGGAGAGUGCCCGGUUUCCCGAGACACCGGCCUUCUCCUCCCAGGAGGAGGAAGAAGGGGCCUGUGCAGCGGAGCCCCCCAGCAGUGACCCUGCCGAGGGGUCUCAGGAUUCUGUUUGCACGCCAGGCUCUUUGCCUGUGGUGCAGGUGCCCCUGGGAGAGGACGAAGGGCCGGGGGCAGAAUCAGCCUCGCUCCCUGAGCAGGAGGAGGUGGGCGAGGUCUGGCAGCGGAGGGGCAGCCUGGAGGGAGCUGCCGCUGCUGCUGUCGCUGCCGCCGCUGCUUCUGAGACUCAGCCCCAAGAGGAGGGAGAUGCUGGGGAGGCCCAAGGGGCUUGCGAAGGGGCCACUGCCCAGGAGGAGGAGGAGGGUGCGACUGGAGGUUCUCAGGCCAAUGGGCAUCAGCCACUGCGAUCUCUGCCUUCAGUGCGUCAAGAUGUUAGCCGGUACCAGCGGGUGGAUGAGGCUCUCCCACCAAACUGGGAGGCCCGCAUCGACAGCCACGGCAGGAUCUUCUACGUGGACCACGUCAACAGAACCACGACGUGGCAGCGGCCAACGGCUCCCCCAGCCCCGCAGGUGCUGCAACGCUCCAACUCCAUCCAGCAGAUGGAGCAGCUGAACCGGCGAUAUCAGAGUAUCCGCAGAACCAUGACUAAUGAGAGGCCUGAGGAAAAUACCAAUACCAUUGAUGGGGCAGCGGAAGAAUCUGACUUUCACCAAGCCAGUGCAGAUUUCCGUCGGGAGAAUGUCCUGCCUCACUCUACCUCCAGAUCCAGGCUCACGUUGCUGUUACAGUCUCCCCCUGUGAAGUUCCUCAUCAGCCCAGAGUUCUUCACCGUGCUGCAUUCUAACCCUAGUGCCUACCGCAUGUUUACAAACAACACGUGUUUGAAGCACAUGAUCACCAAAGUCCGGCGGGACACCCACCACUUUGAACGCUACCAGCAUAACCGGGACCUCGUGGGUUUCCUCAACAUGUUUGCGAACAAACAGCUGGAGCUGCCGAGGGGCUGGGAAAUGAAACACGAUCAUCAGGGCAAGGCAUUUUUUGUCGAUCACAACUCCCGCACCACCACUUUUAUUGAUCCCCGCCUCCCACUUCAGAGCAGUCGACCCACCAGCGCCCUGGUUCACCGACAACACCUGACAAGGCAACGCAGUCACAGUGCAGGCGAGGUAGGAGAAGAUUCUCGACAUGCAGGACCACCAGUUCUUCCCAGGCCAUCAAGUACAUUCAAUACAGUCAGCAGGCCACAGUAUCAGGACAUGGUUCCAGUGGCUUACAAUGACAAGAUCGUUGCAUUUCUGCGCCAACCCAAUAUCUUUGAAAUUCUUCAAGAGCGUCAACCUGAUCUCACGCGGAAUCACUCACUCAGGGAGAAGAUCCAAUUUAUACGAACUGAAGGGACUCCAGGAUUGGUGCGCCUUUCAAGUGAUGCAGACCUUGUUAUGUUGCUAAGUUUAUUUGAAGAAGAGAUAAUGUCAUAUGUGCCUCCACAUGCCUUACUCCACCCCAGCUACUGUCAGUCCCCACGCGGCUCCCCCGUGUCCUCUCCGCAGAACUCACCAGGUACUCAGCGUGCCAAUGCCCGGGCUCCAGCCCCUUACAAGAGAGACUUUGAAGCCAAACUAAGGAACUUUUACAGGAAGUUAGAGACUAAAGGAUAUGGACAAGGCCCAGGGAAAUUAAAGUUAAUUAUCAGAAGAGAUCACCUACUCGAAGAUGCUUUCAAUCAGAUUAUGGGCUACUCCAGAAAAGACCUGCAAAGAAAUAAGCUAUACGUCACCUUUGUCGGGGAAGAAGGGCUGGAUUACAGUGGACCUUCCAGAGAGUUUUUCUUCCUGGUAUCCAGAGAACUCUUUAACCCAUAUUAUGGAUUAUUUGAAUAUUCAGCCAAUGACACAUACACAGUUCAAAUAAGUCCUAUGUCUGCUUUUGUAGACAAUCACCAUGAAUGGUUCCGGUUCAGUGGUAGGAUUCUUGGUCUUGCACUAAUACACCAGUAUUUGUUGGACGCCUUCUUCACACGACCCUUUUAUAAGGCUCUUCUCAGAAUUCUGUGUGACCUGAGUGAUCUAGAAUACCUUGAUGAAGAAUUCCACCAGAGCCUACAGUGGAUGAAAGACAAUGAUAUCCACGACAUCCUGGAUCUUACAUUCACUGUAAAUGAAGAAGUUUUUGGGCAGAUUACUGAACGUGAAUUAAAACCAGGGGGUGCCAAUAUUCCUGUCACAGAGAAGAACAAGAAGGAAUACAUCGAGAGGAUGGUGAAAUGGAGGAUCGAGAGGGGUGUUGUUCAGCAAACUGAGAGCUUAGUGCGUGGCUUCUAUGAGGUGGUGGAUGCUAGGCUAGUAUCUGUCUUUGAUGCAAGAGAAUUGGAACUGGUCAUUGCAGGCACUGCUGAAAUAGACUUGAGUGACUGGAGAAACAACACGGAAUAUAGAGGAGGCUAUCAUGACAAUCAUAUUGUAAUUCGGUGGUUCUGGGCUGCAGUGGAAAGAUUCAACAAUGAACAACGACUAAGGUUAUUACAGUUCGUUACGGGCACAUCCAGCAUUCCCUAUGAAGGAUUUGCUUCUCUCCGAGGGAGUAAUGGCCCAAGAAGAUUCUGCGUGGAAAAGUGGGGGAAGAUCACUGCUCUUCCGAGAGCUCAUACGUGUUUCAACCGUUUGGAUCUUCCCCCAUACCCAUCCUUCUCCAUGCUUUAUGAAAAACUCUUGACAGCCGUUGAAGAGACCAGUACCUUUGGACUUGAGUGAUCUGGAAGAACAAUGCCCAGCAAGUCAUGCACAGGAAAUUUCAGAAGCUGCUCUCUUGAAGAAUGACUGAACAUUGGAAAUUUCAAGAGCACGUUUCCAUGAGAGGAAAGCUGAGUGCCGUUAUUUUCCAGGAACACAGGCUCUGUCACAUUUGGGGACUAGAGAGUGAUGAUGAGUCCUCUUGAAAGGAUUUGGGUGAGCUUGAUGCUCAGGGAAUAACCCAACCAUCUUUCAAUCAACAGUUCUUGACUGCCAAACUUUUCCCAUUUGUUAUGAUCCAAGGCAAAGAUGAACCUACAAAUGAUCAGCUCCAUGGUAACUUUUAGAGACUCAGGAUCAAAACUUACCUUUGAAUAUGGUUCAAGCUAAACUGGCAGCACUUGGCCCCACCUACAAAUUAGUGCAAGUGAAAUAAUAUAAUAAAAGCAAAUAUAUUUCCUGAAAGUACAUUCAUUUAAGCCCUCCCUAAGUUAUAAGAGAAUAUUCAUUUUCUUGCUUAUGAGUGCCUGCAUGGUGUGCAUCAUAGGUUUCAGCUUUCAUGGGACAUGAGAGAAAAUGAAACCAAGUCUAUAUGAGGUAACUUUAAAGAUUUGCAAUAAGAUGGUCUGUGACAAUGUAUAUGCAAGUGGUUUGUGUGUAAUUAUGGCUGAAGAAAAACUGUUAUACACUGAAUUACUAAUGACAGAUUUUAUGCUUUAUAAUGCAUGGUAACAAUUUUUUUAAAAAAAAUAGCAAUUAAUCACAGCAUAUCAGGAAAAAGUACACAGUGAUUUUUGUUUAUUUUUUAUAGGUUCAUUAUAUUUAUGUUCUUUAAGAUGUAUAUAAGAACAUAUCAUAUCGUAUGUAUCAUCUGGUCCAUUUUCAUGUCUCAUGCUUACUUGGGCAUCAUGCUACUAUGUAUCCUCUUAAGCACUCUCAAGGGAAAAAAAGGGCCUUUUAUUUUUAUAAAGGUACAAAAAAUCCCCCAAAUAUUUUGCACUGAAUGUACCAAAGUUGAAGGAACAUUACAAUAUGACGUACAGCAACUCCAUCACUUGACAAGUAGAAAAUAGCUUCUAAAUCAAACUUCCUUCACAGUGCCAUGCCUACCACUCAAGGACUGUGCAUCUAAGUAAUAAUUUUUUAAGACUCACUCUAUGUGAUAGUAUGAUAUGCAUUUAUUUAAAAUGCAUUAGACUCUCUUCCAUCCAUCAAAUACUUUACAGGAUGGCAUUUAAUACAGAUAUUUCGUAUUUCCCCCAUGGCUUUUUAUUUGUACAGCAUCAUCAAACUCUCCACUCAGUUAGGGAGCCAUCAGCAACACCGAAGAGGAUCAGCUCUUUUUAGUAAUAAAAAUUCCAUUUUCUCUCAUCAGCGAAGACAUCACAAAUUGAAACUCUCACUACUAUAUUUCUAAGCCUACAUUUUCACUGGUACAUAAUUUUCUUAUCAAUACAAUGAAACAACUUUUCUAUGGUAUCUCACAAACUGCAUGACAUCACUAAUGUUAUUUCUGCUUCAUUUUACCCGAGGAUGUCCUUCAUUUCUCUUGCUCUGGGGUUAUUCCACCUUGUUGUUUAUUUCUUGACUUAUGGCCAUGACCACUAAUCAGACACUCGGUGGUGAGAAGUUAAACCAUGGAUAAUAAAAACAUUGAAUUGACCUAUGGUUUUGCAGGUAUUGCCCAAAUGUUUCUUUAAAAAUUAUGUUUUUAAGUAGCCAUAUUAUAUAUAUGGAAUUCAUAUUAUGGGAUGUUUGCAAUCUUGCAUUGUGUAGAGGCAUCUGCAUGGUUUUCAGAGGUGGUUGUAAGAACUGAUUGCUCCCCUGUUGGCUAAAUUAUGUUUACUAUUGGGACCCUCGAGAAAUAUACCACUCACAGAUAUUACAGUGAGGAAAAAGAUUAUGGAGAAUAAAAGGUCACAGAAAUCUGGAAUUAAAAAAACAAAGACUCAUCUGUGUCAAGAAGAAAAGGGAAGAGAAAAAAAUAUUUUAAUCAGAAAUGUUGCUUUGUAUUUACUGAUGAUGAAUAUAGGUAUAUAUUUAAUUUUGCAAAUUAUUUUAAUUUGUAUUUUUCAUUACAAAAAAGAAGUAAAACAUACUUUGAAACAUAUCCUUUUGAUGGUAUUAAAGAUGUUUUAGAACUGUAUCCUCAGAGUUCUAAAUAUAGAAAAGGUCACAUUCAAAACUACACUCAUAGAUCAUGUCAGUUUUCAGUUUUACUUGUGAGAAUUGUUUUUGUAUUUUACAUUAUUUCAUAAAAUAUUUUAAAUAAAAUGUAUCUCUUUAUUUCCAGCAAAUAUAUUUUUUGAUUAAGUACCUCCCAAAAUAAUUAUAAUUGUUUUGUUGCUGCUAUAAAUAAAAUUGAAAAUAAUCAAAGAUAUACUUAGCAUAUCAGAACAUCAUAAUAACUAAUCUAUUAUUAAUAGAGAAACAAAGUCCAAGUAAUAACUAUAUAAAAUAUCAAAUUAUAUUUGCACAUAAUAAAUUAGACUUUAAUAAAUUCUACAAACCCAUAAAUAUUUUUCUCUAUUGUGAACCUAGAUAACUUGACUUUAUGAUCUUUUUUCUUUAAGAAAUUCCUAAGUGAUACUUCUUGUACUAUGAAUCACCAUCCGUCAUACAUGUAUGUGGAACAUCUCUAAGGUGAGAGACACAUACUACUGGCAUUUACUCUGUGUCAGCCACAGGAUAAAAUAUCUACCCCCAAGAAAAGCUUACAACUUAAAGUAAUAGACACAUAACGUUUAGAAAGAUUUUUUCCCCCUAAUGUUCACCGUGUUCUAAAGCACCAUGAGAAGAGAUCUUAUACCAUCUUCAUUUAGAGAACCAAUGAAGACCAUGUGGCAGACAGCGCAAAUCAAAACAUAGUUGCCUAAAUGUUCUUUAUGUUGUUAACUAAUGGCUUGUAUUAGUGUCUCCUCACUGCUCAAGUGUUGAGCCUAGUGUGCAUUGGCAAUGCACAGGAGAAUUUAAGGGGUAGGGGUAGGGAACCAAACUGUGAAGGAGAGACACAAGGAUUUUCAAAUGAUCAAAAACUUGCCAGAAGUAAGUCUAGUAUUUUCUCGAAUUUCCCCACAUCUACCUUAAAAUGUCCCUUCUGUUUCCACUGUAAGAAAUACUAGUCCUUAAGCCCAACCCAACAUUGUGGCCAAAAGGAUCUUUUUUUUUUUCCAAAACAAACUGAAAGAAUCUUGAUCUUCUGAAGUGUGGUCACAAGCAUAUGUUGUAUAUGUAAUCAGUCCUUUUCCCCCUUCAUAACAAUCAGAAGUAAUAAAAGUACAUUCAAAUGAUAAACAAAAUGGCAGAAUGUAUGGUGCUUGGGAAUUUCAAAGUGCUUUUGAGUAUGUCAUAUCUUUUGAUCCUCACAUACUUUGUGCAGUAGAAGAUAUCAAACCUUAUCUGGUUGAGGCAGGCUUUUAGUAAUUAGUUUUAGUACUUUUAUAGUUACCAUACUGUUUUAUUUGAGAAAUGUGGAGACUAAUAUUUCUAUUAGCACAUUCCAUUUUCAGUGAAUUUUGCAAGAUGCUUUUUUUGUACCCAGACCCUCAAUUUUUCAAAGAGAUAUGCUUAAAAUGUGACACUGCCUGGAAAGGCCAUGAAUAAAAAUGUAUAUUAAUAGGGAACCUCCCCAUAGAUAUAAAUUUGUAUUUCACUAUAUUGUGAGAAAUUAAAAACUGAAAAAUUUAAUUGCUUUUGAGGGAUUUAGAUAAUAUACAAAUUUCAUCUUCUCUGUCAUAUAGAACCAAGAUAAUCAAAAGGACCUCCAAUUAGAAGGCUUAUCUUUUUAAGCUUUUAAUAAGGAUGCAUCUGGAAACUCCUCAUAGCCAAGCUCCAGUGAUAUAAAACAAAAAAACACUGUAGUUUCUCUUUAAUUGUCUUGUCCUCAUUAUAUUUACCCAAUUUUUUUUCUGCAUAGAUUGUGUAUAUGAACUGGCCCCUUCUAACAAAGCAUUUUCUAAUUUAACCUGAUUCAGGAAUUUCCUAAGGCAGGUAAAAUUAGGCUAUGUUAUCAUUAAAUGAUGGCUGUAACAAGUAUGGUUAAAAUAUACAAAUGAAUAGGUGCCUAAUCUCCAAAACAUGACUUUUAGACCCCUUUCUUUCAUUUGAUGAUGAGUGGAAACAUACUUAGGCAGUUACAUACUAUGCUAACAUAAAAUUUGAGUUUUAGGAGAUAAGGAUAUUACUUUCAUUUAGACUCGAAUUUUGCCAAAUCUCUACUACCUUCUUAGUUCAAUAGUUUUCCAGAUUGAUUUGCUUGGCAAACAUAGAAGCAAAGAAACAUCUGAUGCAUUGAAACUUUCUGGGCUGUGGCCUAAUGCCAAACUCUGCUCCUUAGAUGAGUUCUGGAAACCAAAAGAGGAGCUCAGAGGUUGUCACACCCAGAAACUGAAUGCAAAUUAUUGAUCAACAGUCAAGUAACCAUUCCAAGGAGCUAGCACAAAAACUAUUGAGUGUGUGUACAUACUACCCUCAUCAUGGCAAUUUGGGUCAGGAGUAAAGGGAUGCUUGCUUAAGACUGUGGUAGAGAAAAAGUUAAAACCAAGGUGGAUGGAUCAUCUUAAGCCUUGCUAGUAAGGUUACAAAUAGAAACUUGAAUUUUGUUUCUGACUUUGAGAUGAGAAUGCACUGCUUGCUGCCUAAUGAACAACAACUGCUUGAUCAUCUCCCUGGUUAAAAAAAAAAAAAUGCCCUCAUCUUAUAAUUUCAGUAGUAUGACAACAUUUUCUGUAUUGCAGAAAUAAUUUAGCCUAAAAGUAUUAAAGCUGACCAUAGCUUAAUUGGGAGAUUCAACAAUUUAGAAUUAAGCUAUGUUGUUUUUUCUUAACUUUCAAAUUACUGUCUUUAUUUUUAACUUUGUAUAUAAAAUAAAAGAAAGGGUGGUGCUUGACUUACAUUAUGCGUAAUUAUUUUAGCUGACUUCUUUAUCACUACAAUAUCUUUUGAGACAUUUUCCUGGUUUCUAAUGUUCCCUGUGAAUCAAGAAAGCAACAGCUAAGAGUUAGGUUACUGAAUUGCAAACAGAAACAUAAUCAGUGUUUCCAAUUCAAGAAGUUAAGUCAAGAUUUAAAAAUGUUAUCUGCUUAGAUUUCAUCUGAAAAGUAGUUUAUUUCAUGAUCAAAAUUCAUUAGAAUAGAAUGCCCUGUAUGUUUGGUUUCUGGAGUACACAGGAAAACGGAAUUUAUAUAUGGGAUUUUUACGACUAGUGGCCUUGGGCAGGUGAUAUCUUUCUAUCCAAUUUUCUUUUAAGAUAUUACAACCCUGAGGAAUGUUAAUAGGUAUGUUGUAUGAUUCAAACUGAAUCAGCUAUUACUGAUGCAGGUAAGGAACCAUCAGUAAACUUCUGGUUAUUGUCACCUUCUGUAAAAUAUAUAAUGGAUAAUGUUCAAGAUGGAUAAUGUUCAAGAUAUGCCUUGGAAGGAUUAACCAGGAAACAUAGAGAACUAAAUGUUCUUUUUUGGACCCUAAUGCUCUAAAUACAACCUACUUAACCUAUUUUUCUCUAUAUGAUACCACAAGUAAAUUUGGGUCUGUUAAUAUGUUGGAAAGUGCAUAAGAUUACAUGUUUUUAUAAUAGGGAUGCAGGCAUUCCAAAAUAAAUGAAUAAAAUAUACGUGCAUCUCUCUUGCCUCUUACUGAAAGUGUUAAUCUAAUUUUAUAAUAAUGCUUACUUUUUAAUAUUAAGCCUCUAUAAAAAAUAUUUAUUUCUAAGAUUUCAGUAGAGCACAGAUGUGUUCUUUUUAAAAAACUUUCCAUUUCUUUUCACCAACUUCAUUUUGUCUUCUUUAUCAGAUAUAAUAGUAAAUAGGUAUAUUUCUGUUUUAAUGAGUUGACUUAAGACUCAUUUUUAUUAAAUGUGACAUUUGAUAGAUAAUAACAAUGGAAGGUAUUUGCUCUUGGUAUUAAGAUGAUAAUGCUCUCAUUUCACCUUCUAUUUAAAUUUUAUCAUUUUUUUAAAAAAGCAAAUAACGCAGAUUGUUGACAUCCCAGAAUUGAUUAAUGGGUGGUAUUAAAUGGAUCCUGGACUCUGAAAAAGUUGUUUCAGAGUAGACUAGUUGUUUCUUUUCUGGAAAGUCUGUAUUCUUAUCCUUACCUGAACCCCUGACUUUCAUGUUGUAUUUUUUUAUGAUUCUGAAAUGCUUUGAGGGAAAGAUAUUUUAAUGUGUACAAUUUGUUUUAUUUUCAUACUGAUCUCUAUUUUUGUUUAAAACCAUGUUGCAUCAUGAAAUCAUUUAAUCCAAAAAUAAAUCUUCUUUAAAAAAAUA